AAAUUCUUCGUCAAUGUAGGUGAGGAAUAUGUUAACAUCAUUCAAAUGAUAAGGAGCGGAUUGAGUCGAAGAACAAACAAUGCAAUUUAAAGACUUUGUUGCAUCCAGUGAUGACAAAUAUUCUGUUGUAAAUGCAAUCACUGGUAUUGGUUUUGAUAAUUUCCGAAUUGCUGGAACUAACAAUGAUCAUCUAGCAGAUCUUAAAGGGAUUGUCAAUAUACUUCAAUUGACCGCAAAUCAUUCAAGAGAUGAUAUAAUGAAGAUUAAUUGUGCCAUUUUUGGCCGCUGGUUGAUCUGGUUCAAUUACAGUGAAACCACAUCUAGCGGAAUCAAUUCAUAAAAGACCUUGCCAUUCAACGCUGUAGACACUGCUAGUGUUCAACAGGCUUUUGUUAGUUGGCCGUAAUUGUAGAAUAGGGCCGGAUGGCUUCCGUUAGCUGUUCACAGUCAAGAGAGCAACGGAUGAUGAAUUUGCUACAUCGAGAUAUGUUGGUCGA